GGAUGGCAAAUUGAGCUCAGCCUGGGAUUUGGAACUGGUAGGACACUGUGUUGGGUGGCUGGCCUACAAUGCCAUUGACACUGCGUCUGUUUUUACAAUCAAUUCUCUCUGGUUGGGGUCCUCGCGGCCUCCUCUUCGGCUGGGCAUUCUUGCUGCAUGGGCUUUUGCAUUUUCGUCACUCAUUGGCAAAUCCCCGGGAUGGAGUUACCAAGAUACACAAAUUGCCGACCGGUAUUGGCUCACAUUGCUCAACCAGGUGGUGUCCUUUACUUUGCGGCAGUCGUCAACUACUCGGGAAGGGACCUUGCAGUCCUGUGUCACCUUGGCCUCUCUUCAUCAUUGCUGUACUGCAUCCGUAUUGUAAGUUUGUAUGAUCUGCGCGAGGGGAACACGAGGAGACUCAUUGGAGACUUAGUCUGGUUUGAGCACUGGUCGGGAUACCAACGUGAAUGCCAGGGAGUCCAUGAGUUUGUGAGCAGGAUUCAGGAGCGACCCCAAGAUGAGUGGCAUCAGGUGGAAGCCCUCUCUGUGGUUAUUCAAAGCCUUUCUCGGAACACUGGCUCCUGGGGGUUUCACAACUUUACGAUGCCAAACUUCAACGUCUGCGAAUUAAAUGUGCUGGAAGAGAAAGCGAUGUGGUUAAGAUAUGUGUUGGCAUGGUGGCAUGCACGUCGGGGGAGUAUGUACAUGCCCAGCUCGAAAAAAUGGAAGGUCUGCCUCGCCUGGUCUCUUGUGAGUUGGCCGGGACUUGUUGCUUGUGGGCUACUGGCAGACGCUGUGGACACCAUACUUGUCGCUGCAUUUGUGGUCUUCUGGCAAAGUCUUCUGCUGCAUCUGAUUGUGAAAGUCUGGCGGCAGGAGGAUAACCUGGCAAACCUCAGCGACAAGAGAACUCGUGACCAAGCGGAGAGACGUCAACCCGUUGACGAGUUUGGAGGACUGCGGAAGGUGGUGCUUCAGUACCAUUUGCAAGUUGCGGCCAACUUGACCGGACUUCUGAAGAGCGCUCUACAUACAAGAACCCGGGAUUGUGUCCCUUCAUUUGAUUAUGGUGUUCCCUACUUACGAAAGUCUGUGAUGGUGAGCCGACAAACGAACAAGAUCAUGGCAGUCGUGCGGUUGCUUUAUAGCAGUGGUGAUGCAAUCAACUACAGUAAGGAUGGUGCCAGGUGUCUCAUUGGCAUGUGGUCUAUGGAGUAUCCCCCAUACAAGCCUGAUUUUCCACAGAUACGUGCUACUGAGCUCGCUAAGAGAGCUGCGAGUGGCAGGUUCUGUAAUCGUGAUUGUUCUCGAUCCAAGUGCUUCGAGCCACUUGUGCAGCUCGCUGUGGCUGUCUGGACACGAGUGAAGAUUUUAAAUGAACCCGAAUACAACCGACAUUCUUGGAAAAUUUCAAACAAAGAUGUUGUUGAUCUCAUGGAGGAACAUCGAUUUCAUAGUGGCGUUGCCGUCGAGUGGGACCCAAAAGCAGAGCGACCAUGGUCAAGGGGGGACUGUCCCCAGGUAGGUGAAACACUGCAUGCCUUGGUGUGCGACAUUGCCAAUAUGUUGCAAAGGGUCUCACUGGUUGAGGAUGAAGUAGAGGCAGAGAGAGAGGAAUGGAUGGUAGUCAUGGCCUUAUUAAUGAAUCAGGUGUGGCUAAUACCAAAGCCAUUAGCUAUUAAUCCCGCGAGGGUUUGGCAGGCUGUUGUGAGCAUGUAUGCCCGAACGUUGAACCGACGGAAUGAACUGCCCAGAGACCUGGAUCUUAUAUAUGACGGAACGACUGAACCAAAGAUGCAUGACACUGGUCCAGCCACAUUAGGCUUUGUUGAACAGGUGGCCCAUAUAGAAAAUAAACCUAAUGCUGACCCCAUAACAUCUAAUUUAACUGCAGUGGCAAAGUGGUUGAGGGAUCAUGCCAGACACGAGGAAGUGGCUGAAUUGAUAUGGGCCAAGAAGCCCUUCAUCAAGUUGUAGUCUUUCUCAUUGGACACGAGGAAGUGGCUGAAUUGAUAUGGGCCAAGAAGCCCUUCAUCAAGUUGUAGUCUUUCUCAUUGUGCAUGCCUGAGAGGUUGCGAAUAUAACAUAGAUAACUUAGAUAUCAGAGUAAUUCUGCAGGCCGUAAGUUGCAGCUUCCUACCUCCAUUCUCUAUCAGUGGUAGACAAGACAACAUUCAAUUUGCAUCAGCACCAGGACUAGACCCUGGCCUCACAAAUUAUAUACAGAGCCUCUCUCUCUGCGAUGAAUGAGCCCUCGUGGGGCCCUUAUCAGACAUACACAUAUUCUGGGCUGAGGCCCCCAGCAAGCCAUGUGCCCGCCCUAAGUGAAGGCGGGCCUGAAUAUUCACAAGAGGCCAAAAUUUGACAUUUCUCCAUAUGUGGGUACUCAGAAAGUUGCAGCACGCCAGUCGGUUACAGGAAACAUGAGCCCUAGGCUCUUCCGGAAACAAAGGCUGCGCUGCACCAUUGAGCCGAGGGCCAGGUGGUUGCGCCCUGGGCAUGCGCAGUGUGAGGCUGACACAUCACGCUGUGGCCGCAGAUGAAUGAGGAAGCAGUAAUGUCGUCACACAACUGCCGCGAGCCAAUGAGAAUGCGGCAAACACUUGAGCCUGGACGACGGCCUGGAUGAGCCUAACAGAACAGGGACCAGACCCGUAACUGUGGAAGUGGGCCUGGCCGCAGACAGUGGGGCCCGACCGGAAGCUACUGGAAACUUCCUCCACCAGGCCCAGGCAGCCCAGAGAGCCCAGCAACUCCCAUACAGGGAGGAGGCCAGCCAGAGUCUGGCAUUCUGGCCUAGGCAGGCAAUGCGGACACGCUGCUGCAUUUCUGCGCAAAUGUCUGCUUGAGCACUGCUGGCUGGGGCGCACGCGGACACUAUGAGGUGAGAGGGGCGCUUCAGGGCAGCGGGGCGCUAGCGCCCAUAGCCGGGCUGCAGGGCGCGAGCGGGUGAUGAGCGACGGUGGUCUUCAGGAAGGAGGCGCAUGACUCGCGGCAUGAGUGGGGGGGCCAAGGGGUGAUGAGGGCAGUCGAGAGUACGUACCUGGUGUAUGUGGGAGGUCGGCAUUGGUGUUGACGACAUGUAGUAGAUUAGUCUUCAGAGGCGAAGUGAUCCUGUUGCACGAAUGUAGAUAGGAUAGAUAGGCUGAGAAGAGCAGAUAGGGCGUUGGGCGCCAUGCAGUAGGAGCGACAUUGGAUACUGUGUUGGUGUGGCCUGAGGGCUUGGACAUUAGCUCACGAGUUCAUUGUAUCGCUCUUAUGUGGAUGGAAUUCCGGUGCAUUUAUGC